AUGUCACAUUCACACCGUUCGCCGCACUUCAAGAACGAGUACUUUAUUGACGAGCUCUUCCAGGGCCUCCUCAAGGACAUCAACUCGAAGCGCAUUCGCAGCAUCGCCACAAAUCUGCGCAAGUUUGCGGAAGGAAAGGACAAGAAGGCAAAGGAGAAAAACACGAAGCCGAAGAAGGCACAGCUGGCAAAGGGCCGCGGCAAGUAUGACGACCUUGACGGGUUUGUGGACGUGUCGGGGCCGGUCAACGACGACAUGGACGACUACGACUUCAUGUGAACACCACCAGUUGCACCAGCCCUCGUGAACCCUUUACCGUCUUGCCAUUGCUGUCCACACACGCACACAUACGUUGUCGCUUCCUACUGCGUCUCUCGCGUAAUUCGUUGUUGUAGUCGUCGAUUGGUUGAUUGGUGGCGAGUGGGUACAAAGUUGCUUGUCUUCCUUGAUGUGAAUGGCACAUACGACCGUGAUGCACCAAGCACUGAAAUUCAGCAGUGCACAACCACAAUCCUAGCGCAACCGCAUUCCUCCAACAACAGCUGUGUGUGUGUGUGUGUGUGUGCGUGCGUGUGUGUGUGUGUGUGUG